CUUCUCCGACCCCCGACGCGAUCAAUCCGCAUGUCUUCAUUCAUUCAUUGACUGUUCGCGACAUUCCAAAUCUCCGGCCCAUCCCCACACCCACGCACCUUUCCCGCACCGACGACACACGCACAACUGAUGCUACAGUAUCGGAUAUAGUUGAUCAACUGGUGCCGUUCACCAUGGACCACCGACCCGAAUACCACCACUACGAUGGCCCGCCACGACCUCGUCCUAAGCGUGCUGUUACCGACUAUGGCGCAACCACUGUCCAUUGGAUGCGCAACCGCAAACCGCGUUACAAGAAUGCCCUGCUCCCCGAAGUCGAGCGCCCCAGCGCCAGCUAUAUCGUCGACAUGGAGCCUCCUUCAGCUAGGCUAACAAACGCCGCCGAAGCCAUUCCCGCCAAAGCCCUCCACUCCUCGCUCAAUAAAGUCAAGCACCCCAUCAAUGUCGUCAAAUGGACCCCCGAGGGUAGGCGCCUGCUCACCGGCUCUACUAGUGGAGAGUUUACGCUGUGGAAUGGCAUGGGCUUCAACUUUGAGACCAUCAUGCAAGCUCACGAGUCGGCCAUCCGCUGCGUCGAAUACACACAUACAGACGACUGGCUUCUCUCGGCAGACCAAACGGGCAUCAUAAAAUACUGGCAGACCAAUAUGAACAACGUGAAAGAGAUCCAGGCCCAUAGCGAAGCCAUUCGAGGUCUGGCAAUUGCUCCUACAGACGCCAAAUUUGUAACUUGCGCCGAUGACACCACACUCAAGAUAUGGGACUUUGCCUCUAGCACAGAAGAGUCGACUUUGACAGGCCAUGGCUGGGAGGUGAAGUCGGUCGACUGGCAUCCCCACAAAGGUCUGCUGGUAUCUGGGUCCAAGGAUCACCAGGUAAAACUGUGGGAUCCACGGACUGGCCGUUGCCUAACCACGCUUCACGGGCAUAAGAACCCCAUCUCCAAAACCAUGUUCGAACCGGUACUCGGCAACCUCAUGGCUACCUGCGCUCGCGAUCAUACAGCUCGUAUCUUCGAUCUGCGUAUGAUGCGCGAUGUCCUGCUCCUCCGAGGUCACGAGAAGGAUGUGAUUACCAUGGCGUGGCAUCCUCAGCACAGGAACCUGCUUUCCACGGGUGGUGUAGACGGCAGCAUUAUGCACUAUCUCCUCGACGAAGAGAAUUCCCCCGCGGGCGCAGGCGCUGCUCCUUCAUUAUCUCCCUAUGAUUCCGCUGAUCCACAAAACGCCCCCUCCCAAACCAUUUACCCUGCCCACAGCAUCCAAUAUGCGCACGACUUUACUGUAUGGACAUUAGAUUGGCACCCGCUAGGCCACAUUCUGGCGUCUGGAUCGAAUGAUAGAGUGACUCGCUUUUGGACCCGCCCUAGGCCUGGCGACACUUCUUUCAUGAAUGACAAGCACCACAUUGGACAGGCCGCCGCCGAGGCCCAAGGAACCUACGAUCGCGGCCAACACCGACGACAAACCCGGGAAGAAGAAGAGCAAGAAGCCGAAGACGAAGCCGAAGGUCUCGUUGAUCAGAAACAGCCUCCAAAAAACGUGCUUCCUGCCUCACUUCUCCCUCCUGGCCUCACCCUCCCCGGCCUCAACACAGCUGCCGACGGCUCAAGCAGUGCCCUUCCAGGUAUUGGCGGCGCAUCUGCACCGUCGUCAAACCUGCCUCCAAACUUCCCCCCACCCCCUCCAGGCUCCAAUUCAGGUGUUCCUCCACCGCCAUUCGUUGGCGGCAUGGAUCCUUCGCGCCUGGCGCAACUGAUCGCCUCAGGCGCACUCCCACCGCCCCCUAUCCCUCCGUCUGGAGGAGGCUCAGGCGUUCCUCACAGCACUGGCACCCCACCUCUUCCCUUUCCAGGUCUCCCCGCAAAUAUGCCCUUCCCUCCGAAUUUCCCCGUGCCGCCUCCAAACAUGGCCGCAAAUGGAGGGCCGCCGCCGCCACCACCACCUCCACCUGGUCAUCCUGGUCAUGGUAUGCCAUUCCCUCCCCCUGGGUUUCCCAACUUCCCAUUCCCACCUCCGCCACCUGGUAUACUUUCGCAGGGGCAAGGCGGUGAUCAGGGCUUGGUGACUGCGCCGGAUGGAACGAUAAAAAAGAGAGGGCCGCUACCGAGUCAGCAGGAUAGCUUGAAAGCCGAAAUGCGGAGAGGGAAUUAUCGAACGAAACGGUGAACGCUGUAAGAUUCCUUUCACUGUUUCAUUCAAGCCUGAUCUGGGUAGUUAAGAGGACUCUUUCGAUCUGGGUACGUUUUGGGGGCUUCUGGGUGACGGCUCCCCUCUUCUUCUUUAUCUUCUAGGUCAUUUUCGGAGCGUGAACAACUUCGGUUAGAGAUGGGAUGGCCAGAUUUUGUGUAUUUUUAACAUAUUCCGCCUCUUUGUUUUUUUCUGUUCCUCGUCUUCGUGACACAUCUUCUGGUCUCUUUCUUCUCUGUACGAUCUAGGAGAUUCGCAGCUUCGGUAGUGCGCAAAAGACAGCGCGGGUGAGAGGUCUGAGCGGAUCUUUUUAUUUAAGGGGCGAGUAUGCAGGCGU